CUCAAAAACCGGAAGUGGUUCUUGUGUUGUUGCGUUAGAGCUACUGUCAUGUGAUAGCUCGCCCGAGAAGCUGCUGCUGCUUCUGACAGUAGCUCCUUACCUUUAGAUGAGGUUAUAAUACAACCACGCUGGAGACAACUUUUAUGUUUGCUAGAGAAGAACAGCACGACUGGUUUCUGACGGAGAGAAGGGACGCCGGGGUUGUGUAGUGUCGGCCGUCGGACGUUGCCAUGGGUUGCUGUUACAGCAGCGAGAACGAGAACACAACUCAGGAAGAGACAAAGCCGCUCAUCUCCCCGAACCCUCCCAGCAAACCACUAAAUGGCGUGACCGGCUGGAACCCUGGAACUAGCUCAUCAGCGCUGUCAAAUGAACAGGCCCUCCUUUCUUCCAUCCUGACAAAGACGGCACAGAACAUCAUCGACGUCUCAGCAGCAGACGCCAUCAUGGUGGAGCCGCAUGAGUACAUGGACAGAGCUCGACAAUACAGUACAAAGAUGACUGUAUUGAGCACCAGUCUGCCUCAAAACAAAGCCCUCGCUCUCCCCUCCCUCACCAGCCAGCCCCACCAAGUACUUGCGAGUGACCUGGUGCCAUACUCAGAUGUUCAGCAGGUGUCUAAGAUAGCAGCCUAUGCUUACAGUGCAAUAUCUCAAAUCAAAGUGGAUGCUAAAGAAGACUUGGUGGUCCAGUUUGCCAUUCCCUGAUUCUGCAACUCUGGCCUGCAUAUUGUUGCUCCAGUCCCACUUUCUUCGUGUCACUCCUGCAUCCUCAACCUCCAGCCCCACCCGUCAUUAAACAUUUUGGUCCUCCUGCUUUCUGCUUUAAACUGCUUCAAAGACGAAGACAAUGUAGGGUCUUACCCCAUGGCUGUCCUCGAGUGUAAUUAAUUUAGUGACAAAUGGAAGAUGGGUUUGAGCUCGUAUGUACAUCAGCGAGGCCUCCAGCUGUGGAAAUCAAACUUUUUGAUGAUCUCUUAAAAAAAAAAAAAAGUUUUCCACGGGUGUUUUUAGUUUCUUUGUUUUCUGAGAAUCAGAGCUAGCUUGUCACCUUGCUGAUACCUAUGUUGGACUCACCUGGGAUAAAGCUGUUGGAUUUUUGACACAAAGCUGUUGGCUGUUGGUUAAUACAAUGCAUUUGAUAAAGUCUCCACUGAAAAAAAGGGAUCACUGUGGCGUGGAAUAUCGCAAAUAAUCACUGCACCACAUGUUGAAUAUGUUAUUUACCAGGGGAAUAAAAAGCAAAACAAAACCACCAAACAUGAUUUAAUCUUAACUCUUCAUAUAUGUUUAGCUCUGUUUUACAUCCUUGAUGUCACCAGAAAUUCUUCAGUCUUUAUCCCUGAGCAACAAAAUGUUAAUGUUAAUAUUAGCACCAGUAAAAAGGAAUGACACGCUUUUUCUCCCAAAAUUAAAAUGUUAUCGUUUAGUGGAGUAUACUGGCAACCAUAAACAACUCACACUAACCUAGUUAGAGUGAAUUUCAAUGACAUUUGACAGUGACGGUGGAGUAAUCUGUUAUUCUAGUCGAGGCCAAACCUUAAUAACCUUUCCUUGGCUGGUGGGUGAGGAUGCAGCUUUUCUUGGGUCACAAUUCUGGAGUUUACAGGUGGCGCUGUGUCCUCUGCGCUUAUCUAGCAUUAAAUAAACGAGCAGGCCAGAAGUUCAAGUGUAAUAUUCAAAGAUGAAAGUGCGUGGUUGGGUGUGUGCGAGUGUGUGUAGGGACAGAUAUUGUGUCUUCAUGCCUUUGUACAGAAUUUUCUGCUUGAAUAUAAAAACUAAACAUGAUGGAUUGUAUGAAGUCCCUCCUUUUUGUAGAGACUUCACUGGUCAGAAUUGGCUAAGAUCUUGUGGCGAUAAGUUUUUAUGAAACACAAGAACCCUUUUAAGGCCUGCAUUUGUUAAGCUUUUAAACAAAGAGGUUUCCCCUGCAGAUUGCAAUAUGAUUGGAUUCGUUCAUAAUCAGAAACUAACCGUUACAGCAGUGCAGCAGGGGGCAGGGUGUUAACAAUCAGUCUAUAGCAGCAAAUAAAACGAAUUGAUCCCU